GUUCUCUGGUAGUCUGCUGCGGGACCAGGACAGACAGCUGAGGGGGGUUUGAAUGUCCAACCGGGACAGUCGGUGGACUAGCGCGAAGUCACAGGCACGAUUAACAGAUCUCCAAGGUCGACUGAUGAGCAGCCAGUAGGACUGCCGGGAGGCUUGGGCUACACCGACGGGCACAGCGGGUCAGCGGUGCCAAAGAAGAGGAUUUGAGGACAGAAGCUUCUGCCUGUCUCCUGACUGGCCGGUAGUUUGCUAGUGGUUAGCAUUAGCACACUUGGUAGAAAAGAAAGAAGGAAGGAAAGAGGGCUCGGAGAUGGUGACGGCUAUGGAGGACGCCUGUCCCAACGGGGUCCGGGAGAAAGAGGUGACACCCCCUGCUGAUGUGGCUGCCACAGGGGAGGGGCCCCCGGCCUCCCAGCCCACCAGGGGACCAGAUACAUCUGGAGCCAUGCAGCAGGUAUUGGAUAACUUGGGCGAGCUGCCCACUUCCACAGGGGCCAAAGACAUCGACCUGCUCUUCCUGCGCGGCAUCAUGGAGAGUCCCAUUGUACGCUCCCUCACUAAGGCCCACGAGAAGCUCGAGGAGGUGAAGCUGGAGGCGGUGCAGGACAACAACGUGGAGCUGGUGACGGAGAUCCUGGGCGACAUCAACAGCCUCAGCGUGAAGGACGACAGCGCGGCCGAGCUGUCCAGGAUCCUGCAGGAACCCCACUUCCAGUCUCUGCUGGAGGCACACGACAUGGUCGCCUCCAAGUGUUACGAGGUCCCGCCCCCAGCUGAGAUGGCCAAUGACGCGGCAGUGAACAGCGCCUUGAUGCAGGCAGACGCCGUGCGCAUGAUUGGCAUCCGAAAGAAGGCCGGAGAGCCACUGGGCGUGACGUUUCGCGUGGAGAAGGACGACCUGGUCAUCGCCCGAAUCCUCCACGGCGGCAUGAUCGACAGGCAGGGCUUGCUGCACGUGGGCGACAUUAUCAAGGAGGUGAACGGGAAGGACGUCGGUAACAACCCCACCGAGCUGCAGGAGAUGCUCAAGGACUGCAGCGGGGGGAUCACGCUGAAAAUAUUACCGAGCUACCGAGACGCCCCGGCCCCCCCACAGGUGUACGUGCGACCACACUUUGACUACAACCCAACCAAUGACAACCUGAUCCCUUGCCGAGAGGCUGGGAUGGGCUUCAAGAGAGGCGACAUCCUUCAGAUUGUCAACAGAGAGGAUCCCAACUGGUGGCAGGCAUGCCAUGUGGUGGGUGGUGCCACGGGACUGAUCCCCAGUCAGUUCUUGGAGGAGAAGAGGAAAGCCUUCGUCCCUCGAGAGUUUGAUGGAUCAGGGAUCCUGUGCGGAACAUUAACUGGAAAGAAGAAGAAGAAGAUGAUGUACCUGACAGCAAAGAAUGCAGAGUUUGACAGACACGAGCUGCAGAUCUACGAAGAGGUGGCAAAGAUGCCGCCAUUCCAGAGGAAGACACUGGUUCUGAUUGGUGCUCAGGGAGUUGGCAGGCGCAGUUUAAAGAACCGAUUGGUGGUCCUCAAUCCGACCCGCUUCGGCACCACUAUACCAUUCACCUCGCGGCGGCCCCGUGACGAUGAGCUGGAUGGCAACUCAUACCACUUCACCACGCGACUGGAGAUGGAGGUGGAUGUGAAGGCUGGCCGCUUCCUGGAGCACGGCGAGUAUGACGGCAACCUGUACGGCACCAAAAUCGACUCCAUCCACGAGGUGGUGGCCACGGGACGCACCUGCAUCCUGGAUGUCAACCCACAGGCUCUGAAAGUACUUAAAACAGCAGAGUUCAUGCCCUAUGUGGUGUUCAUCGCAGCGCCAGAGUUUGAUACGCUCAAGGCCAUGCACAAAGCUGUGGUGGACGCAGGCAUCACCACCAAGCAACUCACGGAUGUGGAUCUGAGGAAAACAGUGGACGAGAGCGCCCGGAUCCAGAGGGCCUACAACCACUACUUUGACCUGACCAUCGUCAACGACAACCUGGACAAAGCCUUCGAGACGUUACAGGCUGCCGUGGACAAACUGUGCACCGAACCCCAGUGGGUCCCAGUGAACUGGGUGUACUGAGGACCAGCAGCAGUUGCCCACUGUCCAGUCUGACCAGGUCACAACGACCCGCUGGCAUGCGUGGAUUUUUGACCACAGGGGCCGAGGGAGAGGGGAAGAGGGCAGCUCUGUCAUUGGAGAUACUUCUGCAAAAAACAACUCGCAUAUUUCUCUUUUUGUCUCCUCGGGCCUGCACAUCGUGCAACUUUUUUUCUACUCAAAACUCAAAGGGAAAGAGUGCUUAUUUAUUUUAGUGUUUGUAACUUUUUAUGAAAGAUCUUUCUAUUCAUACCAACGUGGAAUUACGAUGAGAAUAAAAAGUGUCUGGUCAAAUACUUGGGCCAUAUUUUUUCAUUAAUUUAUUGCUGUUAUGUUUGAUUUGUUAGUUGUCCCCAGAGAUUGAAUACUUUUGUUGUGUUUCCUUCAUGGACACCCAGGAAGAGUUUAUUUGUCAUGGCCACUGCAGCUCCAAAGUGAAGACAAGAAGAAGCGAUGGAUUUAUCCAGAACUUUGAGCAGUCUUGCCAAAGAAACCAGUUAGUAUCACAGAUCUUGGCGAUGUCCGAGGAACCUGUGUCGCUGUCUUUGAUUAUAAAAAAAAAAAAAAAAACUCUCCAGUGUUCUCAAGUAGCCUGACCUAAAAUCUUCUUCAUUGACCUCUCUAGGAUCAUAAACUGAGUGAUUAGAAAGCCCUUCUUUGUACAUGUUUCCCCAAGUAUGUAAAAGCUUUAUAAUGUCCUUUUUCAAAAUCAAACACUGUGUCUGUUUUACACAAGUCUCUUUUACUUUGUCUAGUUUUGUUUUCUUACACUAGGCUUUUGUUGGUGUGGAUAUUUCUAGUGUAGUGUUUUGUCAAUCAUGAUCCUGUAUUUUGAUUUGAAUUAUUCUGUCACCAGCCACUAUGUCUAAAAUGUGGGCAUCACAAUCUCAUCGUCCAUCAUUUCUACUAUCUACAUAAGCCAAUUUGUUUGAUGUUUUAUAUUUGUGAAUGUGGCAUAGACCCACUCCCCACACGGUCCUCAGCUACAGUGUUGCAGAAUGCCAAAGCCCUAAUUAUAGUACUAUUAACUCUGAUCAGUAUUCCAGCUGUAUAAUUUAAUGUAUUAGGAGGUUAGAUGGUAAACACAUCAAGGAAAUCCUGCAAUCUCCAUCUUACAUCAGUUAGUACUGAGUCUUAAAACACGUUUUUUAAAGAAGUUAAAUUUGCCAUGAGGUGACAUUUGUUCUUGACAGCUUGUAUCUGAUUAAACUGUUUUUUUUCUGAAGUUUCUUCAAUCAAGUGACAUUAUCUUGAUAGUAGCAGAGGGAUCUUCCGUAUUUAACGAUGUAAUUUGUUUCAAGAUAAUUCUGGAAACAGGUCAACCUGUAUUGGAAGUUCAGUCAAAUGUCUUGGCACCAAGGCAGAUUGUUUCUCAUGUCUCAUGUUUCAAGACUCAUUACUAAAUGACUUGUUAGGAUGGAUAUUCUUUGGAGUAACAUUUCAAAUUCCACUUUCCAGGGGUGAAGCUGUGCCACUUGUUUUAGAGAAUAGCCCUCCUGUCUCUAUUAUUGUGUUUUCACACCAACCUAUGUCAACAGAGUUGUGUUAUUACAUUUCUAUCAGUAAACUUAAAAUGAAUAAAGUUUAAUGAACUUCACAAAGUA